AAAGCUAAAGCGGCCGGAGACGUACAAAUGCCGGCUGAUGACAAUGUCCGGCGAUCAGUUGCGUACGGGCAGCGUCAGUGAGCAGCCGAACCAGUUACCGAAUUAGAUUAGCUUCAGUUGAAAACCAAGGCAAGAACGAUGGAGUUUCUGAGCGCACAGUGCGCGGCCCGCUCGGCAGGGCCGGCGAAUACGCUCAUGACGCUGUUGCUGCAAACGUUGAUAGCCAAGUUUUGUGAUCUGAGCGGUGAGCAGCAGUGGCCGGCAGAUCAGGGUGAUUGGCUAGAGCAGAACGGUGGCUUUCAGGAGCCCUACGAUUUUAUUGUCAUCGGUGCGGGCAGCUCGGGUGCUGUUGUCGCCGGCCGAUUGGCGGAGCAGGCAAAUUGGCGAGUCCUACUGCUGGAGGCGGGCGGUGAUCCGCCCAUUGAAACGGAAUUCGUUGCGUGGCACAUGGCGACACAGUUCUCCGAGUGGGAUUGGCAGUAUCAUACACAGCCGAAUGGACGCGCCUGCAUGGCCAUGCAGGGUGAGAGCUGCCAUUGGCCGCGUGGCAAGAUGCUUGGUGGCACGAACGGCAUGAAUGCAAUGAUCUAUGCGCGGGGCACACGCUUCGACUUUGAUGACUGGCAGUCGCGUGGCAAUCCCGGCUGGGGCUAUGACGAGGUGCUGCAUCAUUUCCGCAAGGCCGAGGACUUGCGUUCCACGCGAACCGAUUACAAGAAGGGUGAUCAUGGCGUUGGCGGACCCAUGGGCCUCAACAACUAUGUCUCCGACAAUGAGUUCCGCUCGACAAUACGGGCGGGCAUGCUGGAGAUGGGUUACGGCAGUGCGCCCGAUUUCACCGAGGGCUCGUUUGUCGGCCAAAUGGAUAUACUGGGCACUCAGGAUGGGGGACGUCGCAUUACCACCGCCCGCUCUCAUCUGAACAAGGAUACGCCCAAUUUGCACAUCCUGCGCCACGCCCACGUCAAGCGACUUAAUCUAAAUGCCAAACAGCGGGCGGAGAGCGUCACAUUUGUCCAUCGCGACGCCAAGGAGUAUACGGUGCGGGCCAGCAAGGAGAUCAUUCUCUCAGCAGGCGCCAUUGGCACCCCACAGAUACUGAUGCUCUCCGGCAUUGGACCAGCCAAGCAUCUGAAGAGCGUUGGCGUUCCCGUUAAGCUGGACCUGCCUGUGGGUCGCAAUCUGAAGGAUCACGCGAGCCUGCCCGUCAUCUUUCAGAUCGACAAGUCCACAGCACGCAAGCCCACCGAGGAGGAGCUGGUAGAUGCCAUGUACAAUCUGCUGAUGGGUCGCCAUAGCAAACUGUUGCAUCACGAGGCAACGGCGCUGACGGGCUUCAUCAACACGACCUCGCUGCAUGGUCCCAAUCCGGACAUACAGACGACCAAUUUCUUCAGCCUGAUGCAGAGCCCAGAGUUGCGCGGCUAUGUUGCCGCCACUGGGUUCAAUGAGCGGGUCGCCAAGAGCAUACUAUCGGCUAACGAGAAGUCCAACACAUACAUCACAUAUCUGCUGCACUUAAAACCCUUCUCGGCUGGCCGUUUGGAAUUGCAGAGUGCCGACUUUCUCGAUGCGCCACUGAUAGAUCCGGGCUACAUGACCGAUGAGCGGGAUGUGAACACCUAUAUACGCGCCUUGAACAUCUAUAAGCGGCUGCCGGAGACGAGUGCGUUUAAGGAGCGCGAGGCGUCGCUGCACAAGGUCGAUCUGGAGGCGUGCAACGGCUUCGCUUAUCAGACGGACGAUUACUGGCGCUGCUAUAUUCGUCAUAUGACCACCACAGUUUACCAUCCGGUGGGCACCGCUCGCAUGGGACCCGUAACCGAUCCCACUGCCGUCGUCGAUGCCCGUCUCCGUGUCCAUGGUGCGAGUGGACUGCGUGUAAUGGAUGCCAGCAUUAUGCCCGAUAUUGUCGGUGCGAAUACGAAUGCCGCUUGCAUUAUGAUCGGUGAGAAGGGCGCCGAUAUGAUCAAGGAGGAUUACCUUGGCAGCAGUCAGCAUACGGAGCUUUAAGUUCAACAUCUUCGAACUGGCCAUCUUACGAGUUCUGGUUAACUCCAUCCACUUAUAUAAACUUAUUAAAUUACUUUUUUUGUACUUUUUUUUUUGUAGAAAUUAAAUUACAUGUGCGGCGAAAUUUGCAGUUGUUUUUUCUUGUAUAAUAUUUGUGGAUCAUAAAAUGAAAAAUUAAUUGAUAAAAUAGCUAGUCUGCAGAUGCACUGUGGACGG